AUGGUGGUGCUCGCAUGUUCCGAACAAGUGACCAUUCCAGACCUGGAAACAUCAUGUUCCAGGUUUCCAAAUACCGACCAGUCUGUCAUCCACAAUGACCAGAGUAUCCACGCCAUCAUUUCUGAACGCCAACAACAGCUAGAUGCAGUUUUGCACGAGAUUUCAGGCCUGCAAUCUGUGAUGGAUGGUAUCAAGAACAUUCACCGGAAACUGCUCAAAAAAAAGGACAGGAUUAGACGUUCAAUGAUUUUGCACAAGGGACUCACAUCGCGUCUCUGGUGCUUACCAACUGAAGUCCUGUCACAGAUUUUCCACCACUGUCUCCCGGACCACUGUUUCCCAGAAUCAAACCGCCCGUCAGCGUUAGAAGCUCCCGUCCUAUUAACUGGAGUAUGCCGACGAUGGAGGGAGGUUGCUGUAAACACACCCAGUUUAUGGUGUAAUGUAUCUGUGGGGUUUGACAACUUGCGAUACUACUACCUUGAGGAAUUACAAGCCUCCCGCUAUGACGUAUGGCUCAAGCGGUCGCGGGGACAUCCGCUCUCGUUAUCGCUCGUCUGCGAGGCAGAUGAUGCGGCCAGGCUCCAAAGCCUUCUUCAGCCCUACAUCAAUCAAAUUUCGUCUCUGUCUAUCAUAUUUCACGAAGAUGUGGUCGAACCCGAACUUUUGUUGGACGACCUCCCAGUACUUCAGGAGCUGACCAUACGAACCCUGAAAGAAAACAGGAAUAGACACAGUCCAUCCAUCGGAAAGUCUCUCUCACGACUACCGGCCACUUUGCGCAGUCUCAAGGUCGUUGAAUGGUAUUUCAACACCACACAAACUUCUUUCGGCCUCGCAGGGUCACACCUGACAAAUCUCGAUGUCGCCACACUGCUGCACCAGAGUACAGUUAUUCAUCUACUCCAGCUAUGUCCCAAUCUCUCCUCGUUCAAAUUUUGUGGACAGUUCGACACAAACGAAACCCUAGAUUCAUUUACGCACACCAAAAUCCAAACCUUCCGCGUCUUAGCUCGCUGUGACGCCUCAUCCUAUUUAUCCGGGCUAUUCAAUGCUCUAUCGCUCCCGAAUUUGCGGGUGCUUGAAAAUUACUGCUCUGGCAGUGUCCGAUACCCUGAUGAGGAGCUGAAGGCAUUUUUGGCGCGGUCAAAGUGUCCCCUGGAGAGAUUGAUUUUUAGCAGUCGCGGGAAGCCGACGAUGACAGAUGAGGUGCGAGCGAAAUACAUUGAUAUUUUUCCUUCCGUCGAGAUAUCACUAGUAGAGGAUCUGUUUGCAUUCUUGUAUUUGUGA